GGGCCGAGCCCUAUCGGGGCGGGUGGCUCAGCCCGACUCGCAUCCGGCGCUCCGCCGCCGCAGCCCAGCUGCGCCGGGGUGCCCUCCGGAGAUGCUGCCGUGGAAGAAGCACAAGUUCGAGCUGCUGGCCGAGGCGCCACCGCGGCAGGCGUCCAAGCCCAAGAGCUACGCCGUGAGCCUGCACUACUCGGCGCUCAGCUCGCUGGCGCGUGCUUGCCCCGAAGGCGCACUCAGCCGGGUGGGCAGCAUGUUCCGCUCCAAGCGCAAGAAACUGCACAUCACCAGCGAGGACCCCACCUACACCGUGCUCUACCUGGGCAAUGCCACCACCAUCCAGGCGCGCGGCGAUGGCUGCACCGACUUAGCCGUGGGCAAAAUCUGGAGCAAGAGCGAGGCGGGCCGUCAGGGCACCAAGAUGAAGCUGACGGUGAGUGCGCAGGGUAUCCGCAUGGUGCACGCCGAGGAGCGCGCGCUGCGCCGCCCAGGCCACCUCUACCUGCUGCACCGCGUCACCUACUGCGUGGCGGACGCGCGGCUGCCCAAAGUCUUCGCCUGGGUAUACCGGCACGAGCUGAAACACAAGGCGGUAAUGCUGCGCUGCCACGCCGUGCUCGUGUCCAAGCCCGAGAAGGCGCAGGCCAUGGCCCUACUACUCUACCAGACGUCGGCCAACGCGCUGGCGGAAUUUAAGCGCCUCAAGCGGCGGGACGACGCGCGUCACCAGCAGCAGGAGUUGUUGGGCGAGCACACCAUUCCUAUAGUGCCGCUGCGCAAGCUGCUUUUGCACGGACCUUGCUGCUACAAGCCGCCGGUGGAACGCAGCCGCAGCGCGCCCAAGCUCGGCUCCAUCACCGAGGACCUGCUCGGCGAGCAGCAGGAGCAGGAGCUACGGGAGGAAGAGGAAGAGGAGCACCCCGAGGGCUGCCCGGAGGAGGAGGAGGACCGCGCGGUGGAAAGGGGCAGCACGGAGGAGGAGGCCGAGGCGCAGCGAGCACUGGUUGUGGCUAUGCAUUUCGAAUGCGGGGACUUGCUGGACACGCUGGAGAGCGGCCGCGAGGAGGCGCUGCGGAGCGACGGGGUCUCGCUGGGCCCAGUGGCCGGGUCAUCGCCUCUGCUGCUGGGCAGCGCCGCCGACAUGAAGGCCGAGCUGUCGCAGCUCAUUAGCGACCUGGGAGAGCUCAGCUUCGGCAAUGACGUGCGCAGCCUGCAGGCCGACUUGCGCGUGACGCGCCUGCUGUCGGGCGAGAGCACUGGCAGCGAGAGCUCCAUCGACGGCGGGGGCCCGGACGCCACCUCCGCCACCGCUGAGGACCCGUUGGGGCCCGCAGAUGGCGCCAGUCCAGAUGAACCCCACUCAGGCUGAGUUCCCAGCAGCCUCCUGCCCGCGCCCCCGGCGCCCCACUGUGACUGCCCACCCAUUGUCCGACAUCACCCCUCCGACCGCCCCCAGGAAAGGGGAAAUGGGACACUUGGGGCCCAGACCUCCACUGGGGCUGAGGUCCAGAGUUCCAGCUGUCGCCUCUCUCCCCACGUUUGGCCGCGCGUGGAGAGGUGGGCGAGAGGGAAACCCCAGACAGGGAGGGAGAGAGAGCAGCCCUCUGGGGUGGGGGUGGGGGUUAAGGGAAAGGGCCGGCUGAAGUUAGCAAAGUCCCGCUGGCGUGAGGUGCCUACCAGCCAGUUUCCUGUUUUUGGGGCAGCUGGGGCCGAGGAGGAGGGGUUAACUUCCUCCCCCCAACCUCUACUGGGAGCGGUCUGGCACUGUCAUUGACGUGUCAUUAAAAAAAAAAAAAAAGAGCGUUCCCGAUGUUUGAGGCUUCAGUGCCACCCCCCUUCCCCAGCUCUUUUUGGUGCGAGAGAGCUUGGGUUGUUUACCUCAGAUUCAGACCCUUGAAAUUCUGCCAAAUUCCUCAAAUAACUGUUUGGGGGAGGGGGGAUGAAAGUUGCGUUUUGUUUACAGUUAAAGACAUCUAAUACCUAAAAAAAAGGAAUUUUCCUUUAGAAACACACACACCUUCCUCCUGCUCCAGAGAGCUCACGCCAUGAUACUGUGUAAAAUAUUUUUGCACUGUGGUGAAGUAUUUUCGACAUAUUUUUUGUUUUGUACAUAACUGUGUUCUCCGGGUUAAAUGUUUAUAUCUUUUGCUGUGCAAAAGGGACAUGUAAAAUGUUGUUCAGUUGUAUAUACAGAAAUGUGUAUAAAACGUUUUGUUAUUUUUUAAGAGUUGAAAUGUUCUGGUUCUGUUUACGCGCCAGUUGGGAGAGAAUAAAGACGAACAUUGAACAGAACAGGUGAGCGUCUGGACCUGCUGCUGAAGAUGCUUGGCCGUGGGGGUGGGAGAGGGUGUGCCCAUCCCCAAGAUGAUGUGGUAGGACCACCGUUGGCCUUUGCAUUGGGUGGAGAUGAUUAGGGAAGAGGGUCCACUUUAUGCCUAGUCUUGGGGGCUUCCUGGACGUCUUCAACGUUGGAUGCUGUGGCUGGGGCAAGCCAUCUCGAGUAUAUUCUGCGUAUCAUUAACUUGUGCAAGUCUGGGCUUUUUGAGUUAAUACUUGGAGAUGCCAUGGUGAGUUCCGUUUCCCAUUCUCAGGCCUGUGAGGUUCUUUGUGGAGGAGUGACAUGCAAGGUCAAGUGUGGUUUUACUACCCCCUUCUCUGGGUCGUGUAAUGAUCAGGUGUAAGCAUACUAUAUAAUCUUUUCCUUUACAGACAGCUCCAAGAGCUUAAGAGAUGGGCUAGAGAUGAAGAACAUCCCCACGGGGCUCUCUGAGGCGUGGGACCAUCUUUGUUUUUCCUGGGAGGGGAACCAAGGCGAGGGAAGCCGAAAAGUUCCAAUCA